UCUCAAGUGGAUAAAGUUUUAAGAUUUUAUAGCGGUGAUGGUGAUUAAAUCCUUAGUCUUUUGCCACCUAUUGAUUUGAAAAUAACACGUGUUGUAGAGUGCCGCAAAGGAUCAAAGAAUUCUCCAGCAGUUCCAGCACAGCCCCUAAGCUAGCUUCUUAUAUUCAUCUCAUUCUCUCUUUCUUCCUCACGAAUAUGAUAUCAACUGCUCCGAUCCUCAAAAUUAAGCCCACCAUUUUUAGUUUCUUCAAUUCCACUGCCUUUCAGCUUAAAUAUGCAAAGGGACAUAAACACAAACACAAGACAGGCAAGGCCGCAAGGGAGCCCAUUAUCAGUAUGUGGGGUUGCCAUUUUGUGCUUCGUAGUACUACUUAUGCUGCUCACUCCAAGAAUCCCUCAGCCUAAAGCGUAUCAUGAUUUUGCUGAUAAACGCAAAUUCUUUGGGAUACCUUAUACGCUUGAUGUGACUUCAAAUUUCCCCUUCCUUGCUAUUGGACUAGCUGGCCUUGCGCUCUGCUAUUAUGGGAAUUAUGUCAAAAUCAGCUUGCAAGGGGAGGUUUUGGGGUGGACGGUUUUCUACACAGGCAUUGCAACUGUUGCGUUUGGAUCAUCGUACUACCAUCUCAACCCAAACGACGAUCGUCUCGUGUGGGACCGCUUGCCGAUGGCUAUUGCCCUCGCAGGAAUCCUUUCUAUCUUUGUUAUUGAGAGAGUUGAUGAGAAAAGGGGAAUUCUGUCUAUCAUUCCAUCCCUUUUGGUUGGUGUGGGUAGUGUCAUAUAUUGGAGACGUUUCGACGAUCUCCGUCCUUAUGCCAUGGUCGAGACGGUUCCCAUCAUAGCCAUUGUCCUCAUGGCUCUAUGGAUUCCUCCAAGAUAUACACAUUCAACAUAUUGGUUGUGGGCAGCGGGGUGUCUCCUCCUGGCAAGGAUUGGAGAACUUGCAGAUAAACCAAUUUACAAAUUGAGUCUUCAUAGAGUGAGUGGGCACACUCUGAAGCAUGUAUUUGGUGCAAUUCUUGCUGUCAUCUUGACCUUGAUGCUUGCACAGAGAGAUAUUCAGACUGAGAGGAUAAGUUUGUUGCAGAGAUGGAGAAUGUCUUCUAGGAAUAAAGCUAAAGAAAACGGCACCAAAGUUAGUUAGCAUAAACAAAAUAUUAAUUAGAGUCGGUACGGUAAUACUAAA